AUUAAAAUGAUAUACACUCUUUGCAUAAUAAUAUGUGGAUUUUAUUUCCUCAUUAAAAUAUUGUGGAUGUGUUGGAAAUAUUCAUACGGUCUUACGUCAAUUGCAACACCUCCAAACACACCAUUUUUAGGGACUUCGUUUUAUUUUCUGAGCGAUUCUCGAAAAUCAUACUUUCAACUAUGCAACUAUACUAAACAGUUUGGAAAUGUGUUUUGUAUUUGGUUGGGACCAAAACCGAUGAUUGUUUCUUCCUCAGUAAAAUUUUUAAAAGCAGUUUUAAGUAGCGAGAAGAUUACGACUAAAGGUUUUUCGUAUGAUUGGAUACACGAUUGGUUGAAAACUGGUUUGUUGACAAGCUCAGGACCAAAGUGGAAAGCUCGUAGAAAGCUUCUGACAAGUAGCUUUCAUUUUUCUGUAUUUAACCGUUUAAAAAUAAUAAUUGAAGAGCAAGCAUGUAUCUUAGUUGACAAAAUUUCUUUUGCUGCAGAUAAUAAAAAAGUCGUUGAUGUGCAAACACUUAUUGGUUUGGCAACGUUGGAUGUAAUUUGUGAAACAAUAAUGGGAGUGAAAAUAAAUGCGCAAAGUUAUCCAGACUCAGAAUAUGUUAAAGCAAUUUCUGUUUUACAUAAAGAAAUUGUAAAUCGCAUGAAAUUUCCUUGGCUUUGGUUUGAUGUCAUUUACAAACUAUUACCUUGUGGGAAAAGAUUUUAUAAAGCUCUAGAUGUCGCUCAUAAGUUCACUUUUGAUAUAAUAAAUAAACGCAUGGAAAUAAGUGUUAACGAAUCUUACAUUGACACGCCAUUAGAGGAAAAGAGUUACUUCUUGGAUUUAUUACUAAAUAUUCACAAAAAAAAAGAAAUUGAUAUGGAAGGUAUUCAAGAAGAAGUUGACACUUUUAUUUUUGCAGGCCACGAUACAAUUUCAGUUGCAUUAAGUUGGACUCUUUGGUUGUUAGGGAAAUAUUCAGAAAUUCAGAGGAAAUUGCACAAAAGUAUUGAUGAAAUGAGUAACGGGGGCUCACUUUUUGAAAAAGUUAGAAAUUUUAAAUAUCUUGAAAAUAUUAUAAAGGAAUCAAUGCGAAUACAUCCUCCUGUACCAAUGUAUGGAAGAACAGUUGAAGAAAAUAUGACCAUUGAUGGUCAAUUUGUUCCUAAAGGAGCGCAAAUAAUUCUUUUAGUUUUGAUGCUGCAUUCUGACCCAAAUAUUUGGGAAAAUCCUAAGGAAUUUAUACCGGAACGUUUUGAAACUGAUGACUGGAAAAUCAAAAAUUCUUAUUCUUACUUGCCUUUUUCUGCUGGGUCGAGGAAUUGCCUGGGUCAAAAAUUUGCCAUGAUUGAAGCAAAAAUGCUACUAUACAGCAUCAUGAAAAAAUUUAGUUUAAAAUCAAUGCAAGAUGAAAAUGAAGUUUAUGGUACGGUUGAUAUACUUCAUAAGUCAAUAAAUGGAAUCAAUAUACUAUUUACAAGGAGAUGAAGAACCUUUUGUUAAUAAAUAAUCAAAAUAUAAAAAUAUAAUAUAAAACUUCUUUAAUAAACAUAAAAAAGUAAAGUUAAAAACAAACUGAGAUGGAUGAAGUUAUUUUUAAUUUAAUACUGAUUCACGAUACAACAACACGAUAUUACACGAUACUACAACGAUAAUGCACGAUGACUGAUUCACGAUACAACAACAAUAUUACACGAUACUACAGCGAUAAUGCACGAUGACUGAUUCACGAUACAACAACAAUAUUACACGAUACUACAACGAUAAUGCACGAUGACUGAUGCACAAUACAACAACGAUGAUGCACGAUACAGCAACAUGCUGAUAUUACACCAGACCAACUAUUAGU